UUCUGAAUAUUUGCGAUCAAAAUCGAUAACCGAAUAGACUAUAAACAGUUCAUUUGUAUAUUCUAUCUCUACCCAUGCACUUCUACAAAUAGGUGUGAGUAAGGCACGAAUAACAUUUCCGACGUUUAUAAAUAGGGGAUUCUUUUACUUCCAUAAUAAGAUACGAACGGUCAUACAAGAUUUAUAAACUUCAGAAAACCAACUGAAUAGAAAAGUAUUUAACAGUGUCCCCACACAACACGGACAAUUAUGGUUGAUUAGCGCAUCAAAACAUGGUUGUGGCUAUAGUGAUAUAUAGAGUGUUCUUUGUGGUGUCAGUAAUAUGAUAAAUUUAUUUAUUUAUUUAAGAAUUGCUAAGAGGGAAAUAUAAGAAGCAACAUUUGAAAAAAAUGGGCGAUCGCUAUUAUCGUCAUCCGAUUGCUAAGCGGCCCCCUGUUGGCCCUCCGCCUCGAAUUGAGACAAGGGUGCGCCGCGGAGCACCUGAAACGACACGUGACGACUACACACAAUACGACGAUGACGGCGUCAUCUGUACGUGCUAUCCGCGCCCCAGCCAACACACUGUGCCCUCCAUGUUCUACGACAAGAUCACCUGCCCGCACAAAGACCAGCACGCACAUAUCCAGCCAGCACACAGCAACCAGUUCAAUUAUCCAUGGACCGCAAACUCCAUCCGGCGUCCGCGUAACGAAGACGACGAUUUGAGUGAGAGACUUUCGUUAAUUUCAGAGGAGGACGACCAGUUACGAUUUUCGCCUUACCCUUUCAAGUCUAGAAACCCGGACGAUAUUUCAGUGCGCACGGCACCACCCAUGUGGCAGCCGCAAGAAUUUGAGGAUCGCGACCGCCAGCCACCCCACACGGCGCCAGUGAACGAUACCCAAGUACUGAUGAACGGCCGCCGGGCGCAGUCCAUGCAGGACAUUCGGGACCCUGCCUAUCGUUCAGACGGCCUCCCGCCAGCACGUGACACAGCCGGCCGCAGCCGCCUGUCCAACAGGCAGUUUACAGGAACAUACGUCGACCCGCAGAGCGGAAAGGUCUACAAUUACAAUGUGAACUAUGACCGAGACUCACGUGCUCAAGCCACGAGAAAUCCAGCACCACGUGCACCGCCCGCGCGAAAACCUAUGACCGCCUCAUGACCGCGAUGAUAACUGUCUUUAUAACAGAAACAAUGGAUUCGACCAAUUGUAUUUACUAUUUACGGCGUGUUUGUUUACGUGAUUUGUUUCAAUUUAAAUUCGAAAACAAUAAUGGCAAUGAAGGAUUCGUUCAAUAUUACUUAGCUUUGUACGCGCGAUGCAAUUGCUCAACUACGCAUAAUAGAACUGAAGAAUGCAAAAAUAAUUAUAGUUAUUAUGUCCCCCACUAUGGUAGUGGGGGACAUAUUGUUUUUGCCCUGUCUGUUGGUCUGUCUGUUGGUCUGUUGGUCUGUUGGUCUGUUUGCGCCAACUUUAACAUUUUGCAAUAACUUUUGUUAUAUUGAAGAUAGCAACUUCAUAUUUGGCAUGCAUGUGUAUCUCAUGAAGCUGCACAUUUUGAGUGGUGAAAGUUCAAGGUCAAGGUCAUCCUUCAAGGUCAGAGGUCAAAUAUAUGUGGCCAAAAUCGCUCAUUUUAUGAAUACUUUUGCAAUAUUUAAGAUAGCAACUUGAUAUUUGGCAUGCAUGUGUACUAGUAUCUCAUGGAGCUGCACAUUUUGAGUGGUGAAAGGUCAAGGUCAAGGUCAUCAUUCAAGGUCAGAGGUCAAAUAUAUGUGGCCCAAAUCGCUUAUUUUAUAAAUAUUUUGCAAUAUUGAAGAUAGCAACUUGAUAUUUGGCAUGCAUGUGCAUCUCAUGGAGCUGCACAUUUUGAGUGGUGAAAGGUCAAGGUCAUCCUUCAAGGUCAGAGGUCAAAUAUAUGUGGCCCAAAUCACUUAUUUUAUGAAUACUUUUGCAAUAUAGAAGAUAGCAACUUAAUAUUUGGCAUGCAUGUGUGUCUCAUGGAGCUGCACAUUUUGAUAGGUGAAAGGUCAAGGUAAAGAUCAUCCUUCACAAGGUCAAGGUCAUCCUUCAAGGUCAAACAUCAUAUAGGGGGACAUUGUGUUUCACAAACACAUCUUGUUUUUAUACUAGUCUUGUUGGGAAACAGACAGACCAGGAACCGUUGCAUUUAUUUUCUCUUACGAAGUUGCGAUAUAUUCCAAUGUGUAUUACUAUGAAAUGUUGUAUACAUAUACAUUUUAUUUUUAAUGGUUCUUGCUUGAUCAACACUAUCUAUAAAAUUAUCUACAUGAUUAUAUAGAUACUGGUUAUUCCUCUAAAAUGUGUUCAUUUUGUAACAGUAACACCUUUGUCAAACUCGUUAUAAUACUUUUCCUAUUUUAAAUUAUGAGCGAAUAAGUAAGUUAAAUAUUGUUACAAAUUUGAUGGGACAGAGAUUCUGAUAUAUUUAGAUCAUUGAUUUGAUAUUUAUAUUAUCGUUCUUAUACGUUAAGAAUUAACUUUUGUUGCUAUUUUAUCAUAACUAAUACGAAAUUGAUUCAUCAUCAUCAUCAUCAUCAUCAUCAUCAUCAUCAUCAUCAUCAUCAUCAUCAUCAUCAUCAUCAGAACAACAGAACAACAGAACAGAACAAAUAUUGUAUUCACUUAAGCAUAUAACAGCUCAUCGUGAUCAAUAUAAACAUUCAUACAUGCGUGAAAAAAAUACCGUAAAUAAAGAUAAUAAUAAAUUACUCGUCAGAGUGUUGUGUGUUAAUGUACACACUGAAUUGAGUAUUCAUUCUCAACUAUAUAUAAACAACCACAGAGGAAACAGCAAAAAUACAUAGAUAAAUUACAUAAUACACUGAAAAUGUCAACAAAAUUUGGCGUCAACAGAUUAAAACACAGUAUAUUCAUUUCAUAUCAAACGGUUAAUAAAUAACCAUUAUAAAAGUAGAGUUAAACAAAAAUAACAUUAUUUCUUUUCUUAAAACAUGUUAUACAGUAAAUUGCUAAAUUCCGAAGGGUACCUUAAUUAUUACUAUUUAAGAGUUUCAAAAAUGCAUGCAUACUUGGUCUUAUUGAAUAGUAUUUUGAUAUAUAUUUUGAUCUUUCUUCUAAAUAAAAUGGACAUCUAAGUAAAAAGUAAUAUUCGUCUUCUAAAUCGUUAAGAUUACAUCAUCAUCAUCAUCAUCAUAUCUAUUAUAGCAAUUGGCUGUAUUCCAAUAUUUAUAAGAAUGAUCAAACAUGGCUUCUAAAGAUAUGUAUUAUAUUAUUUACAACCAUAAAACAUGUUACUCAAUGAUAAAACUCGUGAGGAUUUAAUAGUUUCAAUUUGAUUUAAUGCUUUGAAAAUCACCUGUUAAUUUGUUAGCGUAUUAAAAUGUUAGAGGAUGGUAAUUUAACCCUGAUAGAUAUUUUGAUUUUGUGAUCGUUUAGUGUUCGUUAUCUGUAUUAACAUAAAAACAAAGGCAAAUAAAAAAAACCGUUAAACAUCAAUGGGCAGAUAAUUUAGAGAUACAAGUCUGUGUUGAUAAGCCACAAUAAAUAAGCAAUAAGCUUUUAA